AUGGACCAGGCAGAAGUAGAAAUCUACAUUGGUCAGCUGAAGAUAAGACAUCGCGCUCUCGUGGCUGGCAUCGAAGAUGACUUCAUUCUGGGAAUGGAUCUGAUUAGCCGCCAUGGAUUGACGGUCGAUCCAGUGGAGAAAGUCCUACAUCUUGGUAAUGAAGAGUUCAUCCUGAAUCAGCGUUGCACUGAAUCGAAACCUAUAAGACUAAUCGCGUGCCAGAAUGUGAAAGUCAGAGGGAAUGCAGAAACGAUUUUUCCAGUUAGAGCAGAAAUCAAACCCGGAUUUGCCCUCGGCAUUAUUCAACCACCGUACACCCCCAAGAAGAAUCUCAUGGUUGCUAGUGCUUUAAUCAAUACCGAAAAUGACAUACCUGUACGCGUCGCAAAUGUUUUUCCCAAACCUAUGAUCAUUAAGAGUGGGGAGGUUCUUGUCGUCUGUGAACCAGUCACGAAGCUAGUUCAUCACAACGAAAGUCUUUCUGAUAACCAACGCGCGGAAAUGUAUCUCAUACGAAUUAAGGCGUCUCCGCUACUCGCCGUAAAACACACCUUACUUCAACUGGGGGAUUGCAGCGGUGAGAUAAAUUCCCGCGUACUGCUGAUAACACAGAUGAAAAAAGAAAAACGAAAUCUAGCAAGAGAGUUUCUGCAGAAACACAGUGGAAUGUUUGCAUCUGGGGAAUCUUCUGGGCGCACAAACAUAGUGCGACAUCGGAUAAACACUGAAGAUGCGCAACCGAUCCGUCAAGCUUCGCGAAGACUACCGUUGGUAAAACAAGAAGAGGCCGAGAAACUUGUACGGAAAAUGCUGGAUGACGGCGUUAUAGAGGACUCAAACAGUCCAUGGUCUUCGCCUGUAGUGCUAGUUACCAAAAAAGAUGGGUCGACGAAAUUCUACGUGGACUACAGGAAACUAAACGAUGUAACCAAGAAACACAGUUACCCGUUUCCACGAAUUGAUGACACGCUCACAACACUAUCAGGAUCCGUCUGGUUUUCCACAUUAGACCUAAAAAGCGGCUGCUGGCAAGUUGGUAUUCCUCCAGAAGAUAAAGAAAACAUCGUUUUUUCUGCCGGCAGCAGCUUGUAUUAG